AAUUGAACAAAUUUUCUCUGCAUUACAUUUUUUUGCGUUGAUCAAAACUUAUUAAUAUUCGUACGCUGUGUCCAUGGCAGACCAGCAGCCACCCGAUGCAGGAGUGGGCAAAAAGAAACGCAGAGUGAAAAAGAAAACAGCAGACAUUGCAGCAGAUGAAGCACCUACAGUACAGAGGCCCACGAAGAAGCCGUCUCUUACAUUCGAAGAUCGCCAGAUCUUUGACUACGUCAGAGAAGCAACCUCAAAGAAUGUCUGGUACUACAGAGACAGGCUGAGUGUCCCCAGGGGGCCAUGCAACCUUCCAGUGUUGCGCGAGUGCUGGGUGCAAGGGGUCAUCGAUGAGGGCACCUUGGUGUGGGGCCAGGGACUUGCUGACUGGCUGCCAGUCAGGAACGUGCGCACAUUGGUGCCACAGAUACGGACGAUCGAAGUUCUGGCGAAAGAGAACGAGCAAGAAAACCCUGGAUUCGUGGCAGGGAAGUUUGAUGUGCAGCAGUUCCCUCCAGAAAGGGUUCGCAACUUCUCCAUUAUAGCCCAUGUGGACCAUGGGAAGUCCACACUGGCAGAUCGCCUGCUGGAGCUUACUGGCGCCAUCAAGAAGGGUGGAAAGGAGCAGUACCUUGACAAACUACAGGUUGAACGUGAGCGGGGCAUCACAGUCAAGGCGCAGACAGCAACCCUUGUGUACAGAUACAAGGGCAUGGAGUACCUCUUGAACCUCAUUGAUACACCAGGGCAUGUGGAUUUCAGCUAUGAAGUGUCUCGCAGCCUGGCAGCUUGCCAGGGGGCCUUGUUACUGGUUGAUGCUGCGCAAGGCAUUCAGGCUCAGACAUUGGCGAACUUCUACCUGGCAUUUGAGCAGGGUCUGGCAAUUGUGCCUGUCUUGAACAAGGUCGACCUGCCAGCCGCCGAACCUGAAAAGGUGGCUGAGCAGAUGCAUCAGGUGUUUGACAUCUCACCAGAGGACUGCCUGCUGACAUCUGCCAAGACAGGGCUUGGGCUCGAGACCAUUCUCCCAGCAGUCAUAGAGCGCAUCUCGCCGCCUCCAGGCAACACAGCCGGUCCCCUGCGGAUGCUCCUGUUUGACGCCUUCCAUGACGAGUACCGCGGCGUGAUCUGCCUGGUGGAGAUUGUGGAUGGGCACUUGCGCAAGGGAGACAAAGUCGUGGCCUCCUCCACUGGGGACACCUAUGACAUUCUAGAGGUGGGCCUUCUCUCACCUGAGCCAGUGUCGACAGGGCAGCUGUGCACAGGGCAGGUGGGGUAUGUUAUCACCGGCAUGAAGAGCACGCGCAGCUGCCGAGUGGGCGACACCUGGCACCUCCUGAAGCAGCCCGUCGAGAUGCUGCCUGGCUUCAAGCCCACAAAGUCCAUGGUUUUUGCAGGUAUCUAUCCCAUCUCAGGGGCAGAAUUUGAUGCUCUGGCGGCUGCGAUGGACCGGCUGGUGCUGAAUGAUGCCAGCGUGACAGUCCGCAGGGAGAACAGCGCUGCACUGGGUGCCGGCUUCCGAUGCGGGUUUUUGGGUCUGCUGCACAUGGAGGUUUUCCAUCAGCGCUUGGAGCAGGAGCAUGGCGCAAAUGUCAUCACCACGUCUCCAACGGUCCCGUACUCCAUCGAGCACACUGACGGCUCGCGCGAGGAAAUCCAGAACCCAUCACAGUUCCCCUUGGGCAAGAAGCUGUCGGGGGUGUGGGAGCCGACAGUGGCAGCGACAGUGGUGACGCCCAGCGAGCAUGUGGGGUCCAUCAUGGAGCUGUUCCAGGACCGGCGCGGGGAGAUGACUGAGCACGCCGUCCUCAGCCCUGCACGCACGCUGCUCAGGCAUGCACCCUGUCACCUGUAUACACUGCCGCUGGCAGAGCUGGGAGGCAACUUCUACGACUCCCUCAAGUCCAUCACCUCCGGCUACGCCAGUUUUGACUACGAGGAGGGCGAGAUGCGCAAGGCUGACCUGGUCCGCCUGGACCUACUCCUCAACUCAGAGGUCGUAGAUGCCCUGGCUCGUAUUGUCCACCGGGACAAAGCACAGCGGAUCGGUGGCAAGAUGUGCGAGGCGAUGAAGGAAAAGAUGGGCAGGCAGCAGUUUGAGAUCGUCGUUCAGGCCGCUGCAAACAACAAGAUUGUUGCCCGAGAGACUCUCAAGGCAUUCCGGAAGAAUGUGCUGGCCAAGUGCUAUGGCGGCGACGUGAGCCGCAAGAGGAAGCUCCUGGAGAAGCAGAAGGAAGGCAAGAAGCGCAUGCGCCGAGUGGGACUCGACAGACCCAUGAAGCGGAUCAAGAUGGCGGAGCCCAAGCCGAUUCCCGUGACGAUGCUCAGUGGCUUCCUAGGCAGUGGCAAAACAACACUUCUGAGGUACCUCCUGGAGAAUUCAACUUCCAAGAUCGGUUGUAUCGUCAACGAUGUGGCGAAUGUCAAUAUAGAUGCCAAGCUCAUCCGCAACGACAGGACCCGGGGCCCAAACAAUGGCACCAAGACAACCUCAGAUCUGGCAGAUACGGUGGAACUCGCCAAUGGAUGUGCAUGCUGCAGCAUCCAGGAUGAGCUCUUUGGUUCCUUCGAGCAGUUGCUUGCGCUAUCAGACAAGAAGGGCACUACCUACGACAGGUUUGUGCUGGAGAACUCUGGCGUGGCAGAGCCGCAGAACAUCCGGGACCAGUUCACAGAGGCCAUCGCUGCCGGCAACCCGCUGAUGCAGCGCAUCUACCUGGACACUCUGGUCACCAUCGUAGACACCGGCACAUUCAUUGUGGACUACUCCUCCCGCUCCCCCCUUGCUGCGCGGCCAGACCUGGGCGAAGGCGGCAACCUGCGCCCUGUGGUCGACCUCCUGGUGGAGCAGAUCGAGUGCGCAGAUUUUGUGCUGCUGAACAAGAUUGACACGCUGAAGGAGGGGCAGCUGGACAGCCUGGUGGACAUUGCCAAGUCCCUCAACCCUCUGUCCAAGGUGAUCGCAUGCGAGCAAGGACGCGUUGAUCUGGACGACGUCUUCGGCAAGGAAGCCAAGGGAAUUGUGGCUCACCUCAACACCGAAGGCCACCACCGGGGGGCUGUGGCCGCUGCCCGCGCUCUAGCUGCAGAUGAGGAGAAGCACAAGCAUGACGGCCAUGAUCAUGCGCAUGACCACAAGGGAGCAAAGGAGGACGGCCAUGAUGGUCAUCACCACGGUCAUGACCACGCGCAUGCAGACGGAGACAAGUGCGAGAAGGAGGGCUGCGACCACAAGGACCAUGACCACAGCCACAAUCAUGAUCACAGCCACAGCCACAAGCAUGACCAUGAUCAUGGGCACAAGGACCGGCAAGAGACCAGCGCUGCAAAGCGCUACGGCAUCCGUAGCUUCGUCUACUCACGCAGGCGGCCCUUCCAUCCCCAGAGGCUGAGGGACACAGUGCUGCGGUGGAUGCCGGUGGCUCAGAAUGCAGAGACCGGGCAGGCAGCGCCGGAGGUGGGCGACUCGCCCAUCAAGACGGUGCUGCGCUCCAAGGGCUUCAUGUGGAUGAGCCACAACCACAUGACCGCCUUCUACUGGUCCCAUGCCGGCCAGCACUUUGAGAUCCGCGACGAGGGCGACUGGUGGGCGGCCGUGCCAGAGUCAGAGUGGCCCACGGAGGAAGCCCAGCGCAAUGUGGUGCUCAGUGACUUUGACAAGGACUCGUCCUAUGGCGACCGUCGUCAGGAGAUUGUCUUCAUUGGCGCCGGCAUGGAUGAGGCGGCCAUCUGCAAGCAGCUGGACGGCGCUCUGUUGACAGACGAGGAGUUCGAGCGCUAUGCCACCAAAUGGGGUGUCAAUGCUGCUGCCAAGUGAUGGCUGGUAUUCUUUUGUGAAGUCAGCUGCUGGUGGAUCUUGGCCUGGCAUUCAUUGCGUCAGGCCUUUGCAUAGUGCACAGUGUCAUUCCCUAAUGUCUAUUCGUUGCAAGCUGCGUUAAGCUUGCUCAUUCUCUCUCAAGACUAAUCAGACGGCCAGGCCGGGACUCUUUUACUCUGCUGAUUCAGAGCUUGGAACAUCUGCAAGCAAAUCACUGUGUAGCAAUAUACGGGGUGACGUUUGCCUGCCCAAGUGGCUUCAUAUCAUCAUUGCAUGCUGUGCUUGCCGUAGCUAAUGGCAAAGUGCGUCUGCAGACAAGCUGCAGGCUUGUGCUUGCCGGAUGGGUUAUGGGAUGCGCAUUGUUGUAAUAUCAAUAUUCGUUG